AUGAGCGUGCCUUUCACUCAACGACGAAGUUUUAAAGUAGACAAGAUACAGCAAGCCGAAGAGAGAAUCAAAAACAACGUUUGGGAUAUCGAAGCAUGGAGUGUUAUCCUUCGUGACGCUCAGUCGAAGAAAAUAGAUGAAGCACGCGAAUCCUUCGAGCGGAUUAUCGCACAGUUUCCCACUGCUGGCCAGUAUUGGAAGAUAUAUAUUCAGCAAGAAAUGAAGGCAAAGAAUUAUGAGCGCGUGGAAAAGUUGUUCCAAAAAUGUCUCAUCAAAAUUUUGAAUAUCGACUUAUGGAAACUCUACCUGCAGUACAUAAAAGAUACAAAAGGAAAACAUCAGAAUUUCAAGGAAAAAAUGGCGCAAGCUUAUGACUUUACAUUGGAUAAAAUGGGACUUGAUUUGAACUCGUAUCCAAUUUGGGCUGAUUAUAUUACAUUUUUGAGAUCCGCCCAAGUUCAAGGUUCUUAUGCAGAGAGUCAGAAGAUAACAGCCACUCGUCGAGUCUACCAGAGAGCUAUCAUAACCCCAAUGAUAGGCAUUGAGACAGUGUGGCGAGAUUACUGCAUGUAUGAAGACUCCAUCAACCCUCAUAUUGCUAAAAAGUUGACAGAAGAGCGCAGUCGUGACUACAUGAAUGCACGCAAUGUCACCAAAGAGUACGAAAUUAUGACCAAGGGUCUGUCAAGGAACAUCCCCUCUGUGCCACCUCAAGUAACCCCACUUGAGGUCAAGCAAGUGGAGCUUUGGAAAAAGUACAUCCAAUGGGAAAAGGAUAAUCCUUUGAAAACCGAAGACCUCACCACAAUCACCAAACGGGUUAUGUUUGCCUAUGAACAGUGCCUCCUUUGCUUAGGACAUCAUCCCGACAUUUGGUAUGAGGCUGCAAGCUAUCUGGAGCAAGCUAGCAAGCUCCUUGCUGGGAAGGGCGAUCAGGUGAUGGCUUCCCAAUUUGCUGACGAUACAGCAGCCAUGUACGAAAGAGGAAUCAGCCUCCUAAAGAACAACAUUAUGCUUUACUUUGCUUACGCUGAUUAUGAGGAGGGUCGGUGCAAAUACGCCAAGGUUCACAGCAUCUAUAAAAAACUUAUUUCCCUUGAGGGCAUUGAUCCAACUUUGCCAUACAUUCAGUACAUGCGCUUCACCCGUCGCUGCGAGGGUAUCUUGUCGGCGCGAGUUGUCUUCAAAAUGGCCCGUGACGAUCCCCGUGUUGGAUAUCAGGUUUACGUGAGUGCUGCUCUCAUGGAAUACUACUGUAGUAAGGACACAAACGUUGGUCACAAGAUCUUCGAGUUGGGUAUGAAGCGCUUUGCUGGUAACCCUGACUUUGUAUUGUGUUAUGUCGACUACAUGUCACACUUAAACGAGGAUAAUAACACACGGGUGCUUUUCGAACGUGCUCUUGGCUCCGAGCAAAUACCCACAGACCGUGCUCGCUCCAUUUGGGCCCGAUUUUUGCAAUUUGAAUUACAGGUUGGUGACCUCUCGAGUGUUCAGAAAAUCGAAAAACGCCGUCUUAAAACAUUAGAGAACGUAAAGGAAUUCCAAGGUCGUGAAACGGCCCUUCUGAUUGACCGUUAUCGAUUUUUGGACUUGUUUCCUUGCUCAGAAUCGGAACUUCGCUCACUUGGCUAUAGGGAGUUGGUGAAGUUCAAUCUAACAGGUGUAGGCGGAACCUUCAUUCCCUCGAUCCCAUCGGCCUCCGUCGGAGAUGACUUACAAGGAAGCGGCGCCACCCAGUCGGCGCUGCCCAUGCUUGACUCGGGAGACGGGGCCGUUGUCAUGUCGGGGGGCUCGAAGCAGCCCACAUUCCCCCAACCCGACUUCUCACAGAUGUUGCCCUUCAAACCGAAGGCCUAUCCACGCACUGGCAGUCACCCGGUAGCUGGUGGGGAAUUCCCCCCUCCCCCUGCUGCCUCUGCUCUCAUUCACAUGCUCCCUCCACCAGAUUGUUUUCAUGGACCGUUUGUACAGGUGGACAAGUUCUUAGAACACUUCCUCAAUCUUGAAAUCCCGGAAGACUAUAUCGCUCAGGUGAUGGCUGAGUCGGAGGAUAUGGCGAUGACGAACAUAGAUGCAGGUACUGCGGUCUCAAUCGAGAUGUCCAACGCUGCGCCACAGCAGCUAAUGUUGGCAGCCGUUGCGCGUCGACGAAAACAACAGGAGGGGCCCAUUGCGGGUAGAAAGCGUGCCGGAACGGCCAUAACCAACGCCUUUGGCGACUCGGAGGACGAAGCCGAUCCCGAUGAAGAUGACGAGGACGAUGGACCCAUUAAUGACGACUCAGAAGGUGUUAUUGGUAGUUCAAAUGUUACCUCCGGUGGUGUUGUUGAUUUGUUCAGACUGCGGCAGGUCAAGCGCCACAAUGUUGCAUGA